ACGCAAUCUUACAGGGGAAAUCGUUUGGGUUGCACACUAUGGGGAGAAUACGUGGACCGGUUCAUGGAUUGUUUGACCCAGAACAACCAAGAACCGGUAAUCAUGCUUUUGAGCUUUUGCCGCCCGAGGCGCUAUAUGGGGACUGUUACUGUCUCUACCGCAUUUCACGUUACCAAGAUGAUUUUCGAUGGUAAUUCUCCUGAGGUUGAAGAUUUUAGAGCAAGGUACAAGGUCAGUGUUCGAGUCUAUGAUCACAUCGGUCAUGCUUCAUUCAUACUUUGGGACCGAGAGUGUAAAGAAGUCUUGGGUGCAAGUGUGUUUGUAUUGAUGGAGAUUAUGCUUGAGGCCGAUGUUGGGAGUCCAAGUUGGACUGGACCGAGAACUUUCGGGGUGAGGUCUUUGGUUACCGAUCCACAGAUCUUGAGCAAGUAUGAACAUUUGGUUGUGAUUCAAGAUGAAGAAGCUGACAGAGAAAGCGAAGGUCUAUGGGCAUCUCUUGAGGAUUUGAGUCAAAAAGUGCAUGAAGUGAUUGGUUCCAAUAAUCCAAGCUCUAGCCAAAGUGUCAACACCAAGCAAAGAAGGAUUUCCGAUCUCGACGAGAGUGAAUCGUUGAAAAGGGAGCUGUUUGAUGAAAUCUUAACAACUGCAAGCAAGAAAAUGAAGAAGGAAACUACUAGAGACUGAACUUCCGACUCAUUGGGGUUGAAAAUCAAUGUUUUGGGUUUCU